AUGGCUCUACCCAAGUUCCUCAUGUGGCCAUUUUCUUUGACAUGGUUGUUUCUGGUUCAUUGGCAACUACAUCAUGUGGAAGGGGCACCAGAACCAGAGGCAGUACCAGGUAUCGGUAUCAAUUGGGGCUUACUUGCAACUCACCCCAUAAAUCCUCCCAUUGUAGUGAAUAUGUUGAAGGACAACGGCAUAAAAAAGGCCAAGAUCUUCGACACGGAUCCUUGGGUUGUGAGUGCUUUCACUGGCUCAAACAUUGAACUCAUGGUUGGAAUUCCCAAUGACCAACUCAGAAAACUAGCUAGAGAUGCCAAUUAUGCUCAUGACUGGGUUAAAAACAAUGUCACAAAAUUCGUUUAUAAGGAAGCGGUCAACAUCAGAUAUGUAUCUGUUGGAAAUGAACCAUUCUUGAGAAGUUACAAUGGUUCAUUCGUGAAUAUCACAUUUCCAGCAAUGCAAAAUGUUCAAAAUGCUAUUGACAAGGCUGGUUAUGGAGACAAGAUCAAGGUAACAACGGCAUUGAAUGCCGAUGUGUACGAAUCUAAGACAGACAAGCCAUCCGACGGCGAGUUUCGUCCGGAUGUGUUUCAUGCUAUUAAGGAAAUUGUGCAGUUUCUUGAUGAACAUAACUCACCAUUUCUUGUUAACAUAUACCCUUUCCUUAGUCUAUACCAAAAUGAAGGUUUCCCAAUGGAUUUCGCAUUCUUUGAUGGCGUGGCAAAUCCAGUUACUGACAAUGAUAAAGAAUACCACAAUGUGUUUGAUGCAAACUUUGAUACCCUUGUUUGGUCAUUGAGAAAGAUUGAUCACUCUAAUGUGAAUAUAGUUAUUGGAGAAAUUGGAUGGCCAACUGAUGGUAACAAACAUGGUACUCCAAGUAAUGCAAAAAGGUUCUACCAAGGGUUCCUCAAGAAAAUGGCUAGUAAAACAGGAACCCCUCUUCGGCCCGGGCCUAUGGAUGCAUAUAUGUUCUCUCUUUUGGACGAGGACGACAAGAGUAUCGCCCCCGGAAACUUCGAACGCCAUUGGGGAAUUUUUCGAUACGACGGGAAGCCUAAGUUUGAGGUGGAUUUUUCAGGUAACGGAGAAAAUAAAAUGCCUAUUGAAGCUAAAGGUGUCGUCUACCAAGAGCGUAAAUGGUGUGUGAUUAAACCCUUUGACAAGUCCUUGAACAUGAGCAGUUUGCCAGGGGCAUUGAGCUAUGCUUGUGCACUUGGUGAUUGCACAAGCUUAGGUGCUGGUUCUUCUUGUGCAAAUCAGAGUGAGGAUGGGAGUGCUUCCUAUGCUUUUAACUCCUACUUCCAAAUAAGUGACCAAAGUGUUGAGGCAUGUGAUUUCAAAGGAUUGGCCAAUAUUGUAACAGAUGACCCUACAAACGGAACUUGCUUCUUCCCUAUACAAAUUGAGAGCAGUGGAAACAUGCUUACAACUUUACUCAUCAAGGUGGGACUUUUCGCUGGUUUUUCAUUGAUUUUCUUGACAUUUAUGUAGAGGCCAUAGUUUAGUUAGGCAGGAGUGGAUUAGUAAUAAGAGAUGUCAGUAGAUUGUACUUUUUAAUUGAUAUAGUUUUUCCU